UUGAUAGAGUUUUUGCUUCUAAAUCAGAUAAGUAAUUAAAUAAUUUAUGAGUAAUAAUAAUAAUUAUUAAAAUUUUAAGCACCUAUAGAUAAAUUUGAUUUUCGACAAUUAGCAGAAUUUAUAGGUUUAUAAAAAACAGAUAUGAAAUCAGGAACAAAUAACAAUUAAGAAUAUUAUUAGAUUAUAUAUGGAUAGUAGAGGAAUUACAGAGUUAAAGGUGUACUUGGUCAUGGAGCGAUUAGCGAAGUUCUAAUAGGGAGUAUAUGUAACGAAGAGGAUCCAUUUAAUGAGCAGGAUGUGGCAAUUAAAGUUUUAAAAAAUACUACUUUUAUAGGUAAUUAAGAGAAUAAAUACUUUUUUCAGGAGAAGGAUAUUGUGCAUAAAUUGAGUACAUAGAGGGACGAUCACAUAGUUAAUAUUAUAGAAGUAAUUGAGACAAAUGAUACAUAUUAUAUUGUAAUGGAAUAUUGUGAAAAUGGCAGUCUGUUAGAUUAGAUUUAUUUAGAAAUUCCAAACAGACUAAAGGUCGUUGUCAAUUUUUCAACUCAAUUAACGAAAGGUAUUACCUUCCUUCACGCUCAUGGAAUUGCACAUAGAGAUUUAAAACCAGAGAAUAUAUUUAUCCAUGAAAAAGAUGGUUAAUAUAUUCUGAAGAUAGGCGAUUAUGGAUUAGGAAAAAAUGAAGAGAUAUAUAUGAUGCAUUCCUGUAUCGGAACCAUUAAUUAUAUGGCGCCAGAGAUGAUAAGAAAGUAAGAAUAUGACUUUACUGUAGACAUUUGGGCUCUUGGAUGCAUCAUGCAUGAGCUUAUUACUGGUGAGUAGCUUUUUGCAGAUUUUACAAUAGCUGAGAUAUCUAACCAGAUUAGAAGUAUGGAAGAAUAUCGCUGCAUUGAAGGAAACUUUGGCAAUUUAAUAUCAAGAUGUCUUUAGCCAAUAGCAUCAAAUAGAAUUAAAGUAAAUGAUCUUUAUAUUGAAUUGUAUCACUUAUACGAAGACAUAGCCAAUCAAAGAAAAGAUAUAGUCCAUAGGGUUGUUUAUAAAAAUUACAGAGAGUAAUAAAAUCAACAAAAUUAAUCAUAAACCUAAACAAGUUGUAAUAAUAACUAAGGUAAUACUUAAAUGAUAGUGAGUUAGAUAUUUGCAAAUUCUUAAGAAUACUUUAACACGAAUGAAAUUUAAGAAUUUGUUACUGAAAAUUCAAACGACCCUCAGCUAACUUUAUCAAUAAAUAAGGAUUUCUUGAAUAUAGGAGCUCCAAUGACACCAAGCAAUAACAAUAUUAAUUUUCAAAACACUCCUUCCCAAAUUAAUAACAAUAGUUAAAAUAACAAUCGCAAUACUUUCUUUAAAGAUAUUUUCAACAACAAAUAAGCUAUAGAAAGCAACGAAAAUAUAUCAUAAAGCAACAUUUAAAAACUAGAAGAUGGAAAUAAUUCCAACACUGGCUAAGCAUAUUCGAUAGAAAAUGAAAACUCUAGCCACUUUAAUUAAGGUUAAUUGUAACUUAAUUAGUCAGAAAGUAAUUUAGACCCGAGAUACCUAGAUCUUAAUCGAACUUAAAAUUAUAACUUUUAUCAAGAUAAAGAUACUUAGCAGGCUCUCCGUAAAAAAGCUCAAUACAAUAAAAAAAAGGGGAAAACUCAUAAAAUUAAAAAGUACAAAGAAAUAUUGAACAAUUUAAAUUUGAAGCAUGCAGAUUCAGUAACAUUUUUAGCUUAAGAAUCUCCUUCUACUAGUAAAUCAAAUAAAAUUACUUUAGAAAAUAAAUUUGAUCAAACAAAUCUGCAAUAGUAAGUAUAGUAGGGUUUUUCAUUUUUAACUCCAAAUCUACCUCUAGUAAUAUCUCCGACAUAAAAUUAAUAAAUUUAAUUUAAAUAGUAAAAUUAAAUAAAUAUAUAAAAUGAAUUAAAUUAAUAAGCAAUCCCAUCAUAAAACUAGCAUAAUUUUUAAUAACCUUAAUAAUAAAAUAUGACAAACUUAUAAUCAUUAAAUCCUAAUUUAUAGCAAUAAUAGCUCUUAUAACCAUAAAAUAAUUAAUAAAAAGAAUAGUCAUUUUUAUAAAAAAAUCAAUCAUUUAGCAAUUUAUAAGUGUAAAAUGUCCAACACCAAUAGUAAUAAUAUACAAAGCCUAGCAUUAAUCAACCAUAAUAUUUAUCACCUAACAAUAAUCAUUAAUUAUAUGCUUAACCUAAUAAUAAUUAGUAAUAAUAUGCAUAACCUAGUAAUAAUUAAUAAUAAUAUUCAUAACCUAAUAAUUAAUAGUAGUAUGCAUAAACUAAUAAUAACAAACAUCAAUAUUUAUAAACUAAUAAUAAUUAAUAGCAGUAGUAUUAACAACCUAACAAUAACUAAUAGCAAUAUACAUAAACUACUAACAAUCUAUAAUAGGGUAUAAAUAUAUAGCAACAUUAAUAGCUUUAAUAAUAAUAGUAAACUUAUCAGCAAUAGCAAGGCGGCUACCAAAUAGAUUAAAAAAAUUAAUAUUAAGAAAGAUAGCAAAUUCCUGGGUAAGAUUUUUAGCAUUAGAUAUAAAAUUAAUAUCCUCACUAAUACUAGGUACAGUAAUAUUAGUAAACAUAAAAUUAAUUUUAAGUUUAGCAAUAAUAUUAGCCAUAAUAAUAAAUAGGAUAACACCAAUAAUAGGCUUAAAAUUAAAAUCUAAAACCUCACCAAUAACUUUUUACAAAUAAUCAAAACAUUUAAAAUUAAUUUUAAUAAAUACAAAACUAAUAAGAUAAUAAAUAAUUUUAGUUUUAAUAAUAUUAAUCACAAUACCCUCAAAUAUAGAAUACGAAUGUUUAACCAAUUUAGUAAGGGUAAAAAAAAAUUAAUGAAAGUUCUAACAAUGGAAAUGGCGGUCAGGAUUACUGUUAAUAGUAAAAUUUAGUUAAUUAACCAUUUUAAGUCUAAUAUUAAUAAGGAUAAAGCAAUAAUUAAUAUUAAAAUAUGUAAAAGCAUUUUUAAGAUUACUAAAACCAACAAAAUAAUUAAAACCAGACAAAUAAAUAAUAAAUUUAAAUGGUUCAAAACUAGUAGAAUUUGUAGGCCUAACCUCAACUUAAAUAACAAUUUUAGCACCCAAACUAAAAUUAAUUUGGUUGUGCUAAUUAAUAAAUUUUAGAUAAUGCAUCAUAAUAAUAGUAGUAGCAAACCUAGAAUUAGUAAAACCCUUUCUUAUAGAGACAAAAUCUUAUGAAAAUAUAAAACUAGCCAGGUGUUGUUUCUCAUUAAGAAUAAAACUAUAAUUAAUCUAGCCAUGUAAAGAUAGAAAUACCAUAGAGUAGUUCAAAUAAUAGCAACUUUAGUUUUAACUAAAACAAUAAUAUUUCAAGCAAUAGUAUGAAUAAUAAUACUUAAAAUUAUAACAAUGGAAAUUUUUAAAAUAGAGUAAAUCAAACUAAUGGCGCUUACUAACCAAAUAAUUCUCCAAAUUAAAAUAGACUGAUUUAAAAUUAUGAACAAAUGAAACAAAGCCACUCUAAUAAAGAAAUAUAUUCAAAUAAAUAACAGGAAAAGUAAUAAUAAAAUAAUUAGUAGUACUUCAACAAAGAUCAUAUAAGUAACAGUGUAAAUAGGAAUUAUGCUGAUAGUCCUUAUAACAAAGAUUAGCUAAAUAGAAAUUAUGGUGAGGACUCAUACUAAUAUUAGCAUAUAAACACUCUUAACGGUAACAACGGCACCCUUGCAAACAAAGAUAAUAAUUAAUAUGCCUAUGGUUAGAAUGAAUAGACAAAUAUUUAGUUUGAAAGGUUAAGUAUUUAAAAUAAUAGAGGUUCUUCAAUAAAUUCUAAUUUUUUAUCUAGCAGUAAUAAUGAUAAUUAAGAAAAUUAACAGUACCUACUUGAAAACGAAACAUACAAAAGUAAUUCUUAUUAGAAUUAAUAUGAUUCUUAUACUUAAAAAUAAGAAACACAAUCAUACUAUUUUUAGAUGCAAAACGGAAAUAAUCAAUAUAAUUAUAUCCCUUAGCAAGGAGAAUAGAUUUAUAACAGGCCUUGA